AUGAGCAAGGCCAAAUUUAGGUUGAGCUCGCUCUUCCACUCCAGCCCGUCCCCGAGCCCCGACGCGGAGACCAAGAAGCAGAACCGCCGGUCCUUCUCCGCCCUGUCAUCAUCCCGCCGACACAAGGAUGUCGAAUCCAACGUAGUCCCGUCAAAAUCUGAGCCAAAGCCAAAGCCAGAACCGUCCACUUCCCGGAUGAUCGCACUUGCUCAGACGAUUACCAAAGCUACGGAGAAGUUAGAGGCGCAUAUGACGUCCCAGGGUCUGCCCAUGCCCGAUUUUGACGACGUCGAUUCCCCAGCCGAUUUCCCGACCCUCCCUCCGGACGUUCAGCAGAGCCGGCAGGAGAUCAUCCAUGCGACCAAGGAGUUGGGGCGCCUGGCCCACGGCCCGCGUGAGUCUGUGAGGUGGGGGGUUUGGGAGUACCUUGAUACCGUGGCCCUUACCGCCCUUAACCAUUACGGGAUUGCAAAACUCGUCCCCAUCGACUCAACCAUUACCCUCACCGAGUUGCAAACCAAGACCUCCCUGGAUCCCAUCAACCUCGCCCGGCUGCUCCGCAUGGCCAUGACCAACGGCAUCUUCCGGGAACCCAGCCCCGACGUAAUCGCCCACACCGCAGCGUCCCGCGUCCUCGCCGAAGACGCCAACAUGCAAGCCUGGAUCGGUUUCAACGGCGAAGACAUCUUCCCCUCCGCGGGCCACGUCCUCCAAGCCCUCCAAACCUACCCCGAAGCCACCUCCCUCACCCAGUCCGGCUUCCAAUUCGCCUUCAACACCGUCGACAAAGAACCCAUGUUCGUCACCUUCGGCAAAGACCCCGCCCGCGCCCGACGCAUGGGCCAGUCCAUGGCCAGCCUGACAGGCGGCGAAGGGUACGAGCCGGCGUUCUUCGUCGACGUGGACAAGGGCGGCUACGACCUGAGCGACCUUGACGCGGCGGGCGGCACGUUUGUCGACGUGGGCGGUUCGCACGGUUUCCUGUGCGUCGACCUCGCCGCGCGGUACAAGAACCUCAAGUUUGUCGUGCAGGACCUGCCGAAGACUGUCGACAGCGCGCCUAAGCCGCUGAGCGCGGAUCCCCAGGUCGCUGAGCGGAUUACUCUGCUAGCGCACGAUUUCUUUACCGAACAGCCGACCAAGGGCGCGGAUGUGUAUUUCUUCCGCUGGAUCAUGCAUAAUUACUCGACGCCGUAUGCGGUGCGCAUUUUGAAGAGUUUGAUUCCUGCUCUUAAGCCGGGCGCGCGUGUUGUCAUUAACGAUCACUGUUUGCGGGAGGCGGGGCAGGAGAACCCUUGGGAUGAGAAGGUUAUUCGGCGCAUGGAUGUUAUUAUGUUGACGCUGCUGAAUGCGCAGGAGCGGACGGAGAGGGAGUUUAGAGAGUUGUUUGCUGCGGCGAGUGAGGGGUUUGUUUUCAAGGUGAGUCUUAUGAGAAAGAAAAGGAGAGAGAGAUGA